CGAAGUUUACAUAAAGGCUUUCUCAAAAGGAACACCACUUACCAUACGGCAAGUUAAAGCCUCAAAUAUUGGGCAGCUUGUAAAGAUUUCAGGCAUUGUUACACGGUGCUCCGAUGUAAAGCCCUUGAUGCAAGUUGCUGUUUACACUUGCGAAGAGUGUGGAUUUGAGAUCUAUCAGGAAGUGACUGCUCGAGUAUUUAUGCCUCUUUAUGAGUGUCCAUCAGUUCGGUGCAAAACAAACAACACUAAGGGUAACCUUAUACUUCAACUGAGAGCUUCAAAGUUUUUGAAAUUUCAAGAGGCUAAGAUUCAAGAGUUAUCUGAACAUGUUCCAAAAGGCCAUAUUCCACGGUCUUUGACAGUUCAUCUCAGAGGAGAGCUAACUAGGAAGGUUGCCCCAGGUGAUGUUGUUGAGCUUUCUGGAAUUUUUCUACCAAUUCCAUACACCGGAUUUAGAGCUAUGCGGGCAGGCUUGAUUGCAGAUACAUACUUGGAAAUCAUGUCUGUCACCCAUUUUAAGAAGAAAUAUGAAGACUAUGAACUUAGUGAAGAUGAGCAGAAGCAAAUUGAAGGCCUAGCUGAGGAUGGAGAUAUAUACAAUAAGCUUGCAAGGUCAUUAGCACCUGAAAUUUUUGGUCACGAGGAUGUGAAGAAGGCUCUUCUUCUCCUUCUUGUUGGUGCGCCUCACCGGAAGCUCUCCGAUGGUAUGAAGAUCAGAGGUGAUUUGCAUAUAUGUUUGAUGGGUGAUCCUGGGGUUGCAAAAAGUCAGCUGCUUAAGCAUAUUAUAAAUGUAGCACCAAGAGGGGUGUAUACAACAGGCAGAGGAAGCAGCGGUGUUGGUCUGACUGCAGCUGUUCAGAGAGAUCCGGUCACAAAUGAGAUGAUUCUUGAAGGAGGAGCUCUGGUACUUGCUGAUAUGGGCAUAUGUGCCAUUGAUGAGUUUGAUAAGAUGGAAGAAUCGGAUAGAACAGCAAUUCAUGAAGUUAUGGAGCAGCAAACAGUUAGCAUUGCGAAGGCUGGAAUCACCACUUCACUUAAUGCCAGAACGGCAGUUCUUGCUGCUGCAAAUCCUGCCUGGGGAAGAUAUGAUCUUCGACGAUCUCCAGCUGAAAACAUUAAUCUUCCUCCUGCCCUUCUUUCACGUUUUGAUCUCCUUUGGUUAAUUCUGGACAAAGCAGACAUGGACACUGACCUUGAAAUGGCAAGACAUGUUGUCCACGUCCAUCAAAAUCUUGAAUCACCUUCACUUGGCUUUACUCCACUCGAGCCAUCGGUCCUCAGAGCAUAUAUAUCAACUGCCAGAAGAACAAGUCCUUCUGUCCCAAGGGAACUUGAGGAAUAUAUAGCUACUGCAUACUCAAGCAUUCGCCAAGAAGAAGCCAAAUCAAGUGCACCUCACUCUUACACCACCGUCAGGACACUGUUGAGCAUUCUACGGAUUUCCAUUGCUCUGGCAAGGCUUCGGUUUUCGGCAACAGUAGCUCAGAGUGAUGUGGAUGAGGCAUUGCGAUUGAUGCAAAUGUCAAAAUUCUCAUUGUAUUCUGAGGAUCGCCAAAGAUCUGGUUUGGAUGCUAUCUCUGACAUCUAUUCAAUUCUGCGGGAUGAGGCGGCGCGAUCAAACCGCUUAGAUGUGUCAUAUGCUCAUGCUCUCAAUUGGAUAUCUAGAAAGGGAUACAGUGAAGCACAACUGAAAGAGUGCUUGGAAGAGUACGCUUCAUUGAAUGUGUGGCAAAUCCAUCCAAAUACCUUUGACAUUCGCUUCAUAGAUGCCUAGCAUGAGUGACUUAUCCGACCAUGAGAAGAUGCAAACAAGUAAGAGCUGAAAAUGGCAUUUCUUAAGGUGUUCUAAAUGUUGUCAGAAAGCCUUGCUUUUACUCUGCAUGUUGUCUUAAGAUUGCUAUUCAAAACCAAUUUUAAAUUCUAGGUAGGAGACCACUGUGAGCUUUUUGCCUUUUAAAAUCUAGUCUUAUGUGCUCUAAUUUUAAGUAUAUUAGGGAAGAUAUAAUGUUUUUUGAAUGUCAAUGUAUUCUUUGAUUUUGAGCUAAUUACUCCCUUUCUGUAUCCCCACUCCA